GGUAGUUCUACUUUAAACUAAAGAGGAAAAGGAGGGAUGGUUGUGGAAGUAGAAAAGGCAGUGACAAGCUCAUUCUAAAGGGGAUGGUUCAGAACUAAGCUCGUUCAGCCAAGAAAGCUGAGGGUUGUGAAUGCUUUUCGGGAGAGGGUGUAGCACUUUUUUUAGGGGCCAUGAAUAAAACUGUAAGGUGCACGUUUUUUGUGGUAAUAUUAGGAGGUUCGUUGGGAGGAGAUAAUUUUUACGAGGGCUCCUCCUUCCCCUUUAGCUCUAGGAGUGUGUGCGUUAGCAAUUAGUGAAUCUAAACGCAGGGACGUGAAAUUACAACAACCUACAAUCCACUCCAUCCAUCAUCAUCAUCGCCAUCAUUAAGAGGGCUUUGAUGUAGAAGAUUGAAGAAAUACAGAGGCAAUUCGAAACGAGAGCAAUUCGAAACAAAUCAGCUUUACUUGUUGCAGGAUUAUACAGUUCUGACUUCAAUGAUGUGCCUGUCCAUCUCAUCUUCUGUCCACCUCAUCUUAAGAACUAGUAGUCCUCAACGGAUUUCAAAUUUUUCAAAUUUUGGACACACUCAGACUUUCUUAUCAAGAGAUGUCCACUCAGACUCACGAAUUUUUUCACAACGAUGAAGCUUUAGAAGUCGAUGUAUUUUCAAUGGGGGGCGGAAUUUGUUUUGCAUGCAGAAGAAAGAGACGCGGAUAAAGAGACCGACUACAAUCGAGGACAGAGAAAUCUGAAUCUGAAAAGAUCAGAUGCACCAACUUCUAGAAAUAGGAUGAAUAAAUCUACAACUAGUUGUACUAGAAUUCUUCCAGCACCACUACAAAUAGGACAAUCAUGACUUUCAUGCCGUCGCACGAAGAAGCGAAUCUUGAUUGAAGGGCCUCUCGGGAGAAUCAGAUUGAUCUGCAACUUGUUGCAUAGUUGUGGUGCAGUACGAUUUUCUUCGUAGGCCUUUCUCGUGUAAAAAAGGGAAGCUUGUUCAUCUAGGACUAGUACAUUUCUGUAUGAUCAAAAUCGAAGGAGGUGUCGAGCUAACCUUGUUGAUUGAACAAAAUGGGCCAGCCUUGAACACAAAAGGUCUUUCAUGCCCGCCAUGAUUUUUCAACUAGUACAUACAAGUAAUAAGAAAUUAUAGGAACAGAUGAUGAUGAUUGAUGAUUUGCAUUGGACCACUACUCCCAGUUCGAUACGUCGUAGUGUGCAGAGGUGUAGAAAUAUUUUUUACAAUGAACAAAUACAUUUUCAUCUCAAUCUAAAAAAAAUGAACUACCGAUAAACCCCCAAAACCACUAGCAUGAUGAAUAUUUUUCAACAAGUGAGAAUUUGGAAUUUUCAUACUUAGAAGUUGUUUGUUUCACUUUCAUCAACAUCAUCCGACAUUAUAUCAAGUCUACUGAAUUACCAUGUGGUGAAUGUUCCCCAUGAUAGUCGUCGAUUAUAGAGGCGGCGAGACUGAAUGAAUAAGAUAGUCCAAGUAAUGCUACAAUGAGAUGAUGAAGAACAUGAUGACGAUGGAGUGAAGUAGACGAGAUAUAAUAAAGAAGGGAGGUGGGAGGUGAACCGUGAGCGCCGGAUGGCUGCGAGUCAGUUUGUUUCACAUUUUACGCGGCGCAGGCUGCCUCGUGGCCAUCCCCACACCGCAGCGUGUGUUGUCAUUGUGACCACACGCGCAUCUUCCUUAAGAACGAAACACACAUAGAAUUGUUGGGCUAGAAAUACUCGAACGGUACUCGUUGGAAAAAAACUGUAAGUCGGGCUACGGAUUAUCUAGGUCAAACAACAUCGUUACAGAAUUGGAACAUCAAUUUCCUACUUCUUCUAUGUUUUAUUCCCAAGGUCAUCGUGGAGAACCAAGUAGACGGUUAUGAUAUCAUGCAGCUGGCCAGCUGCGACCAAAAAAAAAAAAUCACGGGAAGUAUUAAGCCAGAGAAGUCACUCGCUAGUGUGCAUGGUCACGCUGCUCAUAAUCAUAGAGGGAGGAAAUGAUUGCAUGAACAUGUUGGCACAUAGCAACUUUUACAUCACGAUAUUUUUAUUUCAUCGAUCUUUUACUUCUUCAAAAGCUUUUACUUCUUCUAAGAGACUUCAUCACUUGUAAUUGUAAUUGUAACUUGAUCUACGUUUCUCAGCUGAUCCCACCUUUUGAGUGCGAUGGAGGUUGCUACUGAUCAUUAGUGGACGAGUGUAGUUGUCAAAACUUCGAUGAAUCUCCAACGAGGUGGUGCUUUGAUGAAGAGAAGAAAUGUGAAAUAGAUGCCGAAUUUAAUGAUGUUCUUGUACAGGUACAGCCCGACAGCAUUUGGAAAGAAACUGAGGAGAAUUUUUUCUAUUGUUGUCAAUAUUUAUCUUUUGCACAGCUACAAACAAAAGACAGACACUGGUAACACAAGACCCAACCUCCAAGAGCAGGCUUUUUGUUUCGUUCCACAGACUCUCACUCUUAGCGGAAGUUGUUGCUCAUUUUCAUCGUGGGUUGUGGGAGAAUAAACCCAUAAUUGACGAAUAUCCCGUCCGCGUGAACAAAUGGAAUGAUCGGUUAUCUUCAGGAUGAUCCGUGCCCAUACUAUGAUCUGCAGUCUAAAUAAUCUAAAGACAGCUCCGGAACUUCAUCCGGCGGAAGGAAUGACAAUGAUCUGGAUGUCGUGAUGGUCACCCACUGAAAGAAAAGGCUUCCGGAAGAUGCCAUGCUCCUGAUGUACUACAUAAUAGUUGUAAAAAACUAUAUCUUUACAACCUCAAGUUGUAGAGCAUGCUGAUAUUUAUUAGUUGUAAACCGUAUAAUCGUCGACCACAACCACUGCCACUCCCUGAGCAGAAAAGAUGAUAGUACGGACUGCGCAGUACCAUAGUUUACUGUAGACCGUAAGAAUUAGCUUAAAGACCGAUGAUCAUGAUGUGCAAUGAACUCAUGAUGGUGCUGGGUUUCACAAUGACCUCGUUGACAGGUAGCUGACUCGGCAACUGAAACUUAGCCCACUCGUUGGAGCCGACGCAGAUCUUGUGCGAGUAGUGAAUGAAUGAAUGAGUGACUCUAUGUUCCUGUUUCUGCUUAUCAGUAGAGAACCAAAAUGGCGAGCCAUGACGUCGAUCAGGAUCGCGAAGUCGCACGGUCUAAGGCAAACGUGAGACGCGGUUUAGACGAUCGCACUGCAGCUAUCUUGAACCGGGCCCAAUUUCGCAGUUGGGAACACUUGAAGCUGGAUUCCGGAUCAGGCCUUUUGGUUCACGAUCAUGAGAAGAAACCGACUGUCCCGAAGGAUGAGGACGAUGAAGAGGAUUUUAAUGGUGAAUCGGAUAUUAAAAAUACAGCGUCGUCCCUCGGCGAGGCAGGAUGGAGGAGCUCAUCGUCUUCGAGUGCGGUCAAGGUGGGCGGUGGUUCCGCCUCACGCCGUGCUGGAUUACUGCGAUAUGUAAUGGUGGCACUGGAUUUAUCGAAGCAAGCUGGAGGCGGUUCUGCAGCUUCAGCUGGUUCCGCAUUUGCUGCGACGAGUGUAGCUUCUGCGGCGAAUACGGUUUGGGCAGGCGGAAAUCGCGAUGGUUUGAUCCAAAACUUGCUAGAUUUCGUAACGUUUUUUCAUCGCAAGAACCCCAUCGCGAUGUUGGGCGUGAUGCUUUGCUACAACGGAACUGCAGAAGUCGUGAUGCCCAUAUCUGGUCCGGGUUAUGUGGACGGAGGAACUUCUUCAUCAGGACCAGGCGAGGCUCCAGCAUUGUCGAAGCGGCGCGCCCUCGAGCGGCUUCUACUCGACCCAAAACGUGGAGGCGGAUAUUUCAGUUUGCAGCGCGUUGUCGAAGCCGGGUGUGCGGAGUUGAGCGGGUGCCCCGCAUACGGGCAGAAAGAGCUUCUCCUACUUUCCGGUUCAUUGACGACCCACGACAAGGAUCAUCGAAAGAUCGACGACCUUUGCAGAAUGCUGCUCACUACUUCCGGUACUGCCGAUAUCGAGGCUCUAUUAGGAGGUGCUGCAACUACAGGAGCGACAGGGACUACUACAUCAUCGGAUGACAUAAACCAGGGGACUACUUCAUCUAGCACAUCAAGCACCUUAUUAACCAACGCAACAAAUUCAUCCAGCAAUUCUAUGAACAACUUCUCGUCCUCGUUUCUGAGUCGUGUGCGUCUACACAUCGUAUCGGUCGUACCUGAGCUGAGGAUCCUGAAGAAUCUUGCGCAUUCCUACAGGAUCGCGAAGAGUGGCGAUGAUUUCCGAGAUAUGCUUCUAGCACACCUACAACCUCCGGGACAGUUCGAAGAAGCCCAGGAGGGGGACGAUCCUAUGAAACAGAAGUCUGCGACAACCCGUCCAUUCGCAUAUCAAGUACGAAUGGCGUUUCCACGUAUGGUGCAGCGAAAAGGAGGAGCAGGAGGAGGAGAAAAUAACCACCACAGUAUGACAGGAAAAAGCGUACUCAUACUCAAGAAAAGAGGCACUUUCCGAUGUAAAACGUAGGUAGUUUCUUGCGGAUGAGUACACUUUUUUCCUCCAUGCACAGCCAGCUUCUUCUAUAUGAAUGUCCAGAAUGCUUUGACACCACUUCCCGCCUGCCCUCGAAGUGCUCCACUUGCGGGAUCUACCUCAUUGAUGGGACUGCUUUAGUCGAAAGUCGAACAGGAUGCGAAAUGAUACCAUAUGUGCCAAUUAGAACCACGAGAAAUGCGCAUAAACAAAGAGAAGGGCAGCUGCUACAGCAGAGCUUGACGAAUUCAAGCGGAAUCAUGAACGGAAAUGUACAAGUACAUCAUCAAGCGCCAGCCGCAGCCGGACCACGAGCAGCACCACCAGACGUGAGCAGUGGGAACAACGUAGUCACAACGAGAAGUCCAGCACCUGCUCCAGCAUGUUGGGCUUGCCAGCAAUCACGUGCUGUCGUGUGCUGUCCUUGCUGUGAUGCAGCAUUUUGCGAUACUUGUAGUGUGCAGAGCCAGUUGUUUCUAAACUUCUGUCCGUGCUGUUGCCAGCGAUGGGAAGAUGCAAUAGAUGACGAUCAAGGACGUGAGCAAGAGGAGAAGACACGCUCGUCUAGUUCAACUACACCUGCAUCUUCUACAACUUCUACGUCCUCUACCUCUGCAGCCGGUUGGCUAAAUUCCCAGCCGCUUCCAAGUGUGGUUGCGCGACCGGACCGUGCGGCAGGCAUCACUGUUAUUGUGGUGGAUCUGAACCCUCUCUUUUGGUACGCUGAGGGAGGCGACGCAGCAACUUUUCUGCAGGAAUUGCUGAAAUUUAUCCAAAAAUUGCACACUUCGAGACACUACGUGUCACUCCUGUCCACCGCAAGAACAGCGCAACAACUCGCACUUCCACCAUUUGCAGAGGAGUUCCUGUACACUCUUAAGGCUGUACCUAAUACAUCUACUGUGGCCACUACAUCCUUGAAAUGUAUGGACGAGGAGUAUGUCCCUUUCCUGUAAGGGAAAAGGACUCCCCCAUAAGUAGAGUAACACAUCUUUGGACACUACAUCCUUGAAAUGAGUAGAGUACUUUUCAUCAAGGAUGCUGCACUUGAAAGAUGAAUUACGGACAGCGCUAACACUCCUCAGCCCUCUUCCUCCACCUCCCUUCAGCACAACUCCUCCUCUUCUGGAAAUAUCCCUCAACAACAGCUCCCCAUGACUCUUCUACCAGGAGAUUACAUGCUACUACCACCUGUUCCCAUCACAGAAGUCGAAGCACACUGGCCACGAGUUACGUGGAAUUUGCGGGCUGGGUUACAGCAGAUGAAGAGCGAUGCGGUUAAAAUGCUCUCAAUGUUACACAAGGAAAAAGAGAGUGCUGCUGUAGCAAAGAUGAACAAGAGUUCUGAUGUUGUAGAAGUUGAGGCAGCUUCCGACAAGCAGCUUGAUAUGUUUGUACGACAUACAGAGCGAGCACUUCCUGCCGUGUUGGGCAAGGCACUUUGUCAAAUUGCGAGGUUUCGUGCUAUGGCGGACGGAUCGAUAGUAUUAUGGGUCGUGUACUAGGGAAUUCAUCAUCUCCAAAUGAGUCAUCUGAGAUGGAGAAAAACACAAGGGGAAAAAGGGACCCAGAUGAUCUCUGGGAUGGAUUCCCGACACCUCUAAUAGUACCUGUAGUUGAUAACGGUGCAGGUGCUAGUCGUCCUGCUAGUGCAGCAGUAUCAUCAUCUUUAUCUUUUCAACAAGACUCAAGUUCCUACGCCUACGGUCAGCGAACAAAUGAUGGUCCAGGGGAAGCAACAAUUUUUAAGUCCAGAGAAGCUCUCGCGGUUGCAAGUGCAGCGGCUUUACUUCAGGAUGACGAGGAUUUUCAUCAUGAUGGCGUUGGCAGAGGAAAUAGUCGAAUCGUGAUUUUUGAUGCGAGUUCCAGUGCAAUUGCAUACGCAGAACGCUACGACGCUCUCUUUCGCGCGGUGCUAGCGGCAAAGCGCCAUCGCGUCCGCAUCGACUCCAUAAGACUACCCACAUUGUUGCAGCAUGAUACUAGUUCAUCUAGAAGUACAAAUAGUUGUACUAGUAGUACAAGUCCUGUUGAACAACAAGAAGGUGACCAACAUGCUCGUCCUGGCGCUUUCGAACCUUCUAUUCUUCUAGGUCAAGCCGUGAGAAAAACAGGUGGGGGUACACACGAGAUAUACGAUUUGCUUUUGAGCGAAUACUUGCACACCAAUGCAGCCGUCUUUCCUCCGUCAUCGGCUACUUGUGCUGCUGUUCCUUCUACUGAUGGUAGCGGUCCGCCAUUGAAAAUGUUGAAAAGAGCCUGUGGUCCGUCUCCAGAAGAUACAGAAGAUGACAAGUCGAAAAACCCCCCCUUAGGGUUAGCCUUCUCGACGACAUCUUUAGCCACUGUCUGUGCGUGUCAUCAACGGUUAGUCGAGAGUGGCUACGUCUGUGCAUCUUGUCUUUCGGUAUGCUGCGACUUUACCGCAAGGUGCACAGAGUGCGGGACUCGAUUUCAUGCCGUCCCUCCUGAAAUGUGGCGCAGAGCGGUUUUAGCGGGUGCUGGCCCAUGAGAAUAAAACGAUUUCUUUUUAAACAAUCUAUGACGCCCUUGUGGCAGUCUGCACUGAACUUGAUUUAUCGGAACUCGCUCACGAUACAAAAAAAAAAGCGAGAUAAAUUGUAUUGUAUUGUAUUGUAUUGUAGCGCAACACUUCAGCAUAUUAACCAAGUGAAGAAGACACGUGGCAUGCUAAAGUUACAGCGGUCACUGCAUGAGACCACUACGCGAUUUAGUCUAUGUUAAGUACGUAGGGCGUAGUGGACGAGGCUGGAGUAAGUAUGAGACCGAUUGCGUAAGACCGACUGCGCAUAUGCAUUGCCAGACGUUGUUGAAGGAGGAAAAGGCGAUUUCUCUUCCUCCGGAUAAUGAUUCCUCUCCCGUUGUCUGUGGUUCGUCAUAAUCAUGAGAAGAACAGAAAACAAGACAACUAUAUUUUAUUUCCACGCUACGCAUCAAUCAAAAUCAAAAACGGUACGAAAAAACCGAUGAAAGCAAGAGGCAGCAGAUCCGAUGCUGCUUAUGCAAGAUUGGUGUAGGAAGUUUUCAUACAACAAGGACAAUAAAAUCUCCUUGUUACUAAGAUCCCUUCACUUCACAGAGAUCUCUUUGUUCUUACUAUUAUAGGGUUCUCUGCCUGAGGUCAAGCUAUUGCUUGGCUCUUAUCUUUGUGCUUUCUCUGCGCCCACCCAAGCUGGUGCGCCGAACAAACUCGAAAAGCUUGCAACUCGAUAGUUGUCAUCUGCCGUGAUCCUAGUCAACGAACAUAGUACAGUUGAACUUAGAUGACCAUGACACAGACGAGAUUAUAUGCUUUUACUUAUUAACAUAGUAGUUGUCCGCUGGUUCUCCCGAGUUGGUGGAGGUGGUACAAGUGGUCCUAGUAAGUUAGAGGAGCAAGAAGAUGUUGAAUCUUUUAGACUCAAGAAUGAGAGAAGGAGCCAAAAACUC